AUGGGCGGCAAAUAAGUUACACGGGGAGGCAAAGCUAACGUGGCCGAGGAAGCUGCGAAAGCUAGGCCAUUUUGUCCAAUGCUGAAGAAUUUUCAUCGAUUUCGUUCGCUUAAUUUGGCUAUUAGCCCUGUUUACUUCCGUUUUUUCUUGUUUUUUCUUAUUCUUAUCGAUUAAUAAAUAUUUUUUCAGCAUAAAAUGUGAAAACCGCAACGGAAACGCGUCCAACAGCACAAGACGGUGCCGAAAUCAACAAAAAAGUAGGUUUUUUCUCAUUUUCUCAAAAAAUCCUCAAAUUUUUUUCGUAAAAAUGAGCCACAAUGCUCAACAAAUUCCUAGCUUUCAGAAAAUAUACCACUUUAACGGUUUGAUACACUGAAAAGUAUCGAAAAGUCGAUAAUUGUAAAAAUUUGUACUGAAAAAAUGGGAAUUUUUCCGUAAAUAAUUUUUUUAAAAAUUUUUUGAAUGAAAUGUGUUUCAUUAGCUUUAUCUAAAUUUUUCGACUCUAAAAGUCCUUGAUUUUAACUGCUCAAUAGGUCGGAAGUAUUUUUAGAAUUGAAAAGUAAAAAUUUGCACUAAAGAAUGAAAUUUUUUUCAAGAUAGAUUUUUUCCACGAGUUUUCAACUAUCUUUGGUGUUGAUUUUCAUAACUGUUAACUUUAUCUUUUAGAUGGCUCCAAUGUCAGCAAAAAGAAAAGCUUGAAGCUCAUCAAGGAAGCCGAUGUCAUGCCGUGCCUUGAUGCUCCUGCUCAAUUCCGCGAAAAAAUUCGCCUUAUUGCAAAGGAGCACAAAAUCAAUCGAAUUCUUGAGGUUUUACUUAUUUUUAAUUUUUUUUUCUCAUAAUGUGAUUUAUAUUGCCUUCCUGUGUAGAUUUGUUAUUCCACCAAUCGGUUAA